CCCAGUUUUUAUCUUAUGGCACGCGGGAAGAACCGUAGCAUCUCAAUGUUUCCUCUAGAGCUCAUCGGGGACGUCCACGACCUCCCCGAUUGCGAAACAGACACGGCAGCCUGGGUAAAGGCGACCGACGUGAUCGCUAAAAAGAGAUUCGACCCCUCGCAGCCACUUCCACGCGACUUCCAGCGCGGGCAAAGCGAGUCAAACUUCGAAGCCAUGAUGAACGACGAUGUCCUGCAGGAGAUCAUCAACGCGCGUCGGAUAGGGUGUGCCAGCCACCUGCACCUCUCGCAAAUCGCAAUGGAUUACCUCACACAACGGGACUUUGAGAACACCUGGAUUGACCUGGGUAAAGCGGGCCAGGAGGUGCAUAUCUUCAAGGCGUACAGAGAGCAGAAUGAGGAGGACAACAGUCCGAUGGGGAGCCUCUCGAUUGGGAAGACGGAUUGUCCUGAAUUGUCUUCCGAUCAGUUGACGCGCGGGGAUGGGAAGGGGUUUAUUGAGCUGCUGCAGGUGUUUUUAUUGGAGAAUAAUCAGACGCCGCCGACGCAGCCUUUCAUUCUGGAGAAUGCGAGGUAUGAUAAGAUUAUUGGGUGGAUGGGGGAUGAUGAUCCUUGUAAAAAUCGCAAAGUAUUUUUGGGAUUGAGGAGGCUGAUGAGGACGUAUCAUAUUUCGAGUUUCUGCUUACACGUUCUCAUGUCCAUCGACGGGCGAAAAAUCAAACGCGUAAAAUAUACAAACGAACAUUUCAAGACGAAGGAGACACUCGAGAAAAUGAAACCCAUGAUGGACCACUUUGUUGGCCCAGAACUUGCCGAUCAAUGGCAGCGAGACGAAGCGCAGAAGCGAAAAGAGAUGGUACUUUUUUGCUCUGCAUGCUUGAAACCCGAAGAAAAGGAUGUGACCGGCAAGAUGCCCGCAUGCACGAAAUGCAAAGCGAUUGGACGUGAGAUUCGUUACUGUAACAAGGCAUGCCAAAAGGCCGCAUGGAAAACACACAAACUCGAAUGCGGUAAACCAUACGACAUAUCCCAGGUCCUAAACGACGUAGUCCCCUUCUCCUUCUCAACACACGACGUGGAAAUCUCCCCACGGCCCGACAUCCCAAAGGCUCUCCCAGGCUACCGCCGCUCCCCUUACCUCAUCCGCCAAAUCGAGUACCUCACAAACUACCCAACAAAAGACUACGUCCUCCAACUUCCCCCGGACAAAAACUCGCGAUACGAAGAACUCAACGGCGUAUCGCUGGACACGCCCCACGGCGCAGCUGCGUUCAUCAUCAUGCGGAACAGGGUGAUGAUGGGGUUGUCCGCUCAACAAGGGGUGGACAGCGCUAUGCUGUAUAUGUAUAGAGUUUUACAGCGGAGUGUGACGGAGGGAGAGAUGGAGGAGGCGUUACUCCGGAAACAGCUUGGGAAGGAGUACGGCGAGACGUGGGAGAGGGUGUUGAAGGCGGACAAGGCGGGAAAGCCGCCGGGGAGCCCUGGUAAAGUGUCGAGGCAGGAGAUAGACCAUGCGUUGGGGUGUUUAAAGCGACUGGGCAGGUUCGGUGUUGUGUUGAAGGAUUAUGUGCCGGGGAGGGGGCAAUCUGUUCUUCUUCCCAUUCUGGUUGGCCCGAAGAAGGAUGUUAUGGUUGACGUGGACUUUCCGAAGGAAUUGAUGCCCUCUGAGGCAGACGGUAUCGAUUUGCGCAAGUUGCUCCAACUCGCUGCGCUGCUUGCACAGAAACAGGGAUAAUUGCCAUGUCAUCACACCCGAUUGAAAAUGAUACUGG